GGCGGGGGAGUGUUUUCACGGUCGCAGUGAAGUACGUCGAGGAGAGUUUCGAGGGCAUUUUUACAAUGAAGAACUUCUCAAAACAGACGGAUAAACUUUUUAAAUUAUUAAUGCAUAUAAUUAAGGAGUUGUGGCAAUGAAAGUCUAGCAACGCUGAAAGUGUUAGCGAUUUUGGUGAACUGUAAUACCACUCGGUCAUUACACCUGCUGUAUGUGGACUUUUAUAGACUUACUGCUUUUCUCUAAGACAGUGACAUUAAUAUAUGAAUUUGAAAUGCAUAAUGCUGUGCCGAUAUAAACAAACUGACUUAGUUUAUCGUUUUAAUUAUUACGCAAACAAUUAAAGUUAAGUGUUCUUUUCUAUAUAUAAUAACAAUGGAGCAGAUUUGUAUUCGCCUGGUCAAACUUAACAUGUUGUCCACCGUAAGGUCAUUAAACCGGUUCCAUUCAGUGUUCAGAUGGUGUGGACAGAGACAGUUUCACUGCCGUCCAUCAGUCUUUGCCUCUGCUCGGACUGAGCUCAUGAGGACCUCUCUGAAACCAAGAGGAUCUGUCACUGUUUCUCCUCCAUCUCUCUGUCUGAGAUCAAGAUCAGGACUCAACAUCUGUAUAACUGCAUUCAGACCUCCAGUUCAUCGUGUGCCGUUGAUCAUUCAGCCCACACGUGAGUUUCACACCUCAGACAGACUCAGAGCUUUACCUGCACCCUUGAUAUGGAUGGUGCUGAAGCCUCUGCAGAAGCUUAUGGCCAUCAUAGUGGGCAGGAGCAUCAGAAAAUGGUGGUUGGCCCUGCCGCCCAAUAAAAAGCAGCUGUUUCGUGAAUGGACAUGGCGUCGCCGCUGGCACUUUGUGGGAGCUGGGGCAGGACUGCUGUUUUUCAUCUCCCUCUUUUUACUCACUCACCUGGAUGAAUCUCCUGUUACGGGCAGGACCCGACUGCUGGUGUUCAGCAAGGAGAACUUCAUGGAACUUGCUCAGGUCACUGCGGAAGCGUAUAUGGAGGAGUUUAAGGAUUCUCUGAUCGCUCCAUCGGAUCCCAGGCAUCAGGCAGUGGAGCAAGUGGUUCGGAUUCUGGCCGAGAGAAACCAGGACAUUGCUGAGAUUUCCUCUGUCCCCUGGACAGUCCAUGUGGUGGACGGCCCCACCAUCAAUGCGUUUGUUUUGCCUAAUGGAGAGGUCUUCAUCUUCACAGGAAUGCUGGACGCAGUAGCAGACAUUCAUCAGCUAGUCUUUAUACUGGGACAUGAGAUGGCUCACGCUCUGAUUGGUCAUGCAGCAGAGCAGGCCAGUCUGUCUCACGUGGUGGAGCUGUUGUCUCUUGUCCUGUUAACGGCGAUCUGGGCGAUCUGUCCUCGGGACAGUUUAGCUGUGCUGGGCCAGUGGAUUCAGGGCAAACUAGUGCAGCUCUUAUUUGAUCGGCCCUUCAGUCGUAAGCUGGAGGCAGAGGCGGACCAGGUUGGCCUGCAGCUGGCUGCCAAGGCGUGCGCUGACGUGAGGGCGGGCCCAGUCUUUUGGCAGCAGAUGGAGAUCUAUGAUCAGUUGAGAGGCGAACCCACCAUUCCCGAGUGGCUGUCCACACACCCUUCCCAUCAAAACCGUGUCAGACAGUUGGACCGCCUCGUUCCUGAGGCUUUGGAGCUCCGCGGACGCUGCGACUGUCCUGCCCUCCCCAAAGCUGACCCCCGUGUCAUUUUCAACCAGGCUGUUAAAUUGCUUCUGGACAAUGCCAAAAAGCAAGAAAUGAUUGCAGAAGAGGAAAAGAAUGAGAAACAGAGAGCUGGAGUCAUGUUGCCGCUACCUCAAUCCCCUCCUGUCCUGACUCCGGGGUCUCAGACUCAUCUGGGAGGAGUGCUGGCCACGUCCGCUCUGCCACAAACUCUGCUUAGUAAAUGAGACUUGAUGAAACAUGACUGACAGGGACAAAUUCAAGCUUUCCUUUUCACUUCUCUUUUUCCAGUCUAGUAGCUCUAAACAAGACAUGAGAGAAUUGUGGGAUAGAAGCAGACAGUUUUUUUUGAUCCAUUUGAUUAACUGUCACUUUGAUACCUACGUCAGUUAGUCUGUGAGAUGAUUUGAGUAGGAGUAUGUAGAUCAUUUGUGUGAGAUGCUUGAGUUUAUGCCCCUCCUUCAAGCAUCCGCAGCAGUGCGGUCAUGUUAAUAAUGGAGCAAUUGUAAAUGGGCUUUUGAUUGGUUUUAAUGAUGUUAUUAGCAUAACACCCCUGUGAAGCUGAAUGCAUUAUGAUGUACAGUACAUUAUUAAUCAAACAUCUGCCUCUGCUUUAAUGUCUCCUAUAGGUUCCAUGCUGUAAUGUACCUCUGCUGCAUAGCAGCUAAUGUCACUGUGUUUGAAGCUAUGCGGAGCUUUGGACACUACAUUAUUUAUCAGUGGGCAGCUGCCGCAAAAUGAGCCCAGCGCUUUCUUGGCAAGCGUUGAUUGUUUUUUUAAAUACACUCUGUAUGAAAACUAUAAAUCUAUGCACAAGAUAAAUUAAUUUACCAGUUUUAGGUCUCCAGCAUUUUUCUUUAAAGGUGUGGCCAUAUUAGACAAUUAUUU